AGCUGGUAUCCAACAGCUCAUCCCUUAUCCCAUAUAACCCCCUCCUCCGUCCCCUUCCGCUCCGUCCCCUUCUCCUCCGUCCCCUUCCUGUCCGUCCCUUUCCCCUCCGUCCCCUUCCCCUCCGUCCCCUACCCCUCUGUCCCCUUCCCGUCCGUCCCCUUCCCCUCCGUCCCCUACCCCUCCGUCCCCUUCCCGUCCGUCCCCUUCCCCUCCGUCCCCUACCCCUCCGUCCCCUUCCCGUCCGUCCCCUUCCCGUCCGUCCCCUUACCCCCCUCCGUCUCUCCACCAAUUCCCCAGUUCGCUCGCAACGCCAAGCGCAACAUGCCAGCAGCCAUCGAGAGGUUGAAGCACAUGGUUGCCCUCCUGCCCCUCCGUUUCCCCAUCCUCUCCGUUUCCCCAUCCCUUCCGUUUCCCCAUCCCCUCCGUUUCCCCAUCCCCUCCGUUUCCCCAUCCCCGUCCCCACCCCCCUCUCGCCAGUUCGCCCGCAGGGCCAAGCGCAACGUGCCAGCAGCCAUUUUCGCCCGCAAGGCAAAGUGCAACGUGCCAGCAGCCAUUGAUCAGUUGAAGCACAUGGCCGCCCUCCUGCUCCUAUCGCAUUUGCCCCCCUUCUUAUCCUCUCUUCCCCCCUCCACCCGCUCCCCUCCUCCCUCCUUCGCCCUUCUCCAGUUCGCCUGCAAGGCAAAGCGCAACGUGCCAGCAGCCAUUGAGCAGUUGAAGCACAUGGCCGUCCUCUUCGCCCGCAAGGCCAAGCGCAACGUGCCAGAAGCCCUGCAGCAGCUGAAGCGCAUGGCUGCCCUCCUGCCGCCCCUCCCCCCCGCGCCCUUCUUCCCCUUCCCCUCCAGCCCCGCCCCUCCGCUUCCCCCUUCCGCCUCCUCCUCCCCCUCCUCCCAACUCUCCACUUCGACCGCAGAAACUGGGUUGGGGCAUCGGGAACAGGAGGGGGGAGUGGGCGGGGGAGGGGGAGGGCAAGUAGGAGGGGCAGUGGCAGGGGAAGGGGGAGGGGCAGUGUUCGGGGGAGGAGCAGAUGCAGGACAGGAGGGGAGGGGUACGGCAGAGGGUGGGGCGGUGCAGGAGAGGAGGGUUGCGGCAGGGGAUGAGGCAGUGCAGGAGAGCAGCCUUCCACAAGGGAUCGCAGAUGCAGACGCUGCCUGGCGAUCUGAUGCUCUGAGAGCGCUGAAGGAAGACGAUGAGGGGGAUGAGAGAGAUGAGGGAGAUGAGGGAGAUGAGGAAUAUGAAGAGGAGGAAGAGAGUGAGGAGGAGAUUGAGGAGGAGGAGGAAGGGGCAGAGAGGGGGGAAAGGGGGAUGGGGCAGGAGGAGAGGGCGUCGUUGGGAUGGAGACAGGGAGAAGAGAGCGAGGGGAAAGGGGCAGAUGAGGGGGUGAGCGAUGAGGAGGUGGUGGUGGCGAGUUUUGAGGCGCCUCAAGGAUCGAGACAGGGAGAAGAGAGCGAGGGGAAAGGGGCAGAUGAGGGGAUGAGCGAUGAGGAGGUGGUGGUGGCGAGUGAUGCGGCUUUUCUGCUGGCUGUGAUGGCUGCUACAGGAUUCGCAGGGGAGGUUUACCCGAGGAAUGAAACCCUGGCGCUGCACUACCUCCAACUGGCAGCGGAGACCGGCUCCAUGCAGGCCAUGGCUGCACUCGCCAGCCGCUUCCUCUAUGGCCGUGGAGUUCCCACGGACUGUGAGGCAUCACUCGCCUACUAUCGCAGCACAGCAGCAGACCUGUCAGCAGCAGCAGAAGCUUCAGGCGACCAGCAGCUGCCCAGGGACCCCGUGCGUCUGAGGGACUGGUUCCGCGACGGGGGGUUCCAGCCUCAAGCAUUUGACGAUGACCAUGCGGAGCAGGUGGAGUUUGAACAAGACCUGGCUGAGAGGGGGGUACCGGAGUCCCUUCGACUAAUGGGAUUCCGCCACCUCAUCGGCCAGGGCAUCCCCCGCAACCCCCAGGAAGCCCUGCGCCACUUCCGUUUGGCCGCUGCUGCUGGUGAUGACGUGGCAGCCUUCAACCUCGGCUACAUGCACAUGACCGGGGCAGGCGGGGCAGUUCCGAAAAACUUCACCGCUGCCCGAAAAUAUUUUCUGCAGGCGGCGUCGGGCAGGAACAAACUUGCAGCUGCCCAGAACGGGAUGGGGGUCCUGUAUCAAAACGGGUGGGGGGUGAAGCAAGACUUGAACCUCGCACGUGAAUUCUUCCUGAAAGCAGCAGAGAGAAACGACUCGGACGCUCUAUCGAACUUAGGGUAUAUUCACUUCGACGGGCUGGGUGUACCUGCGAAUGCGACCACAGCGGUGGGUUAUUUCGAGAGGGCCAUGGAUGCAGGGCAGUGGAGUGCUCCCUAUACUCUGGCUCGGAUUCUUGACGGAUCGUUGGUUUCUGCUUCUACUGCUUACUCUGCUGCUGAUGGUGCUGCUGAUUCUGCCGCUGCUACAGUUCCCCGGAACUGUUCCCGGGCGGCGAAGCUGUACGGCAUUUUUGUCUCGGAGCGCAUUGGGUGGGCGGCGGAGCUGAAGGAGGCUGCGGCGGCGUACGAGGAUGGGGACUGGUGGAGCGGUUUGGUGCGGUACGGAAUGGUGGCGGAGGAGGGGAGCAAAGUUGCAGCAGAGAACGCUGCCCAGAUGCUGAUGCGCGGACAGGGGUACUCAGCCUCCGAUCGCUAUGCUGUAGCAUUGGACCAUGUGACGAGGGCGGUGCACAUCGGGUCGGCACCAGCCAUGGUGGAUGCGGCUCUGCUCAUGCUCAUCCACCACCUACCGUCGUUAGCGCCACUCCCAUCGCCACCACCUCUCUCUGCUGUUGAUCCACACCUUUCCACACAGUCAAUCCCAGCCCUUGAUCCGCACCAUCCUGCACAGUCACUCCCAGCCGUCGAUCCACACCACCCUGCACAGUCACUCCCAGCCGUUGAUCAGAACUCCACAGAAGCACAGCCGGUUACAGGUGCUGCUGACCCGCUCCCCUGCGACCCGCUGUCUCUGCUGCAGCGGGCAGCAGACCUGCACGAGCCAGAGGCUCUCUUCCACCUCGCCUACCUCCAUAUAUCGAACGGGACACUAUCUCCCUCCCAUCUCCCGUUCCCCUGGAUCGUUUCCAGCGUCGCCGUCAUCCCUCCUCCCUCCCUUGCCUGGCAGAUUCCAUUCCAGGCACUUGAUGGGCUCAGUUCCCUCCUCGCCAUCUACUACACGCCUCUGUGCCUCAACCUCUCCGGCUCGCUGCUAUUCUUCCUCACGCUGAGAGGCAUGCACUACUACGUGCCUCUGUGCCUCAACCUCUCGGGUUUGGUUCUCUUCUUCCUCACACUGAGGGGCGUGCACAUCUCUGUGGCAGUGCCUUACUACGUGCCGCUGUGCCUCAACCUCUCGGGUUUGGUCCUUUUUCCUCACCCUGAGGGGCGUGCACGUCUCUGUGGUAGUGCCAUGCCAGUCAACAACCCUCAGUUUCCUCCUCAGUUUAACUACCAUUUCAUCCCCCAACUCAACCCUCCAUCCCCCACAGUACUACGUGCCGCUGUGCCUCAACCUCUCGGGUUCGGUCCUUUUUUCCUCACACCGAGGGGCGUGCACGUCUCUGUGGCAGGCCCAGUCAGCAACCUCUGCAGCCUCCCACCCUCAGUUCCUCUCUUCAAUAUACCCACUUCUGCACACCCCCCACCCUCCUCCCUUCUCCCCCCUUCCCGGUACUACGUGCCGCUGUGCCUCAACCUCUCGGUACUACGUGCCGCUGUGCCUCAACCUCUCGGGUUCGGUCCUUUUUUCCUCACACUGAGGGGCGUGCACGUCUCUGUGGCAGGCCCAUACUACGUGCCGCUGUGCCUCAACCUUUCGGGUUCGGUCCUCUUUUUCCUCACACUGAGGGGCGUGCAUGUCUCUGUCGCUGUGCCAGUCAGCAACGGUGCCACCUUUGCCUUCAACGCAGCAGCAGGCUAUGCGUUCGGGGAGAAAAUACAGCCAGCGUUGGCAUUAGGGGUGGAUACCGCGCGUGUCGCCGUGUCCAGUAGCGGGGCUGCCUAUAGAGGAGCUGGACGAGCACCUCAACUUCCGCCACGAAUUUCCCCCUGCAUUCUCCCUUCCCCCCUCCCCCCUCCGCAGUGGAUACCGCGCAUGUCGCCAUGUCCAGUAGCGGGGCUGCCUAUAGAGGAGCUGGACGAGCACCUCAACUUCCGCCGCGGGUACUCGCUGGGCUUCGUGGACGACGCGGAGGACAAGACGCACAUCCUGCCCGUGCUGCGAGCUGUGCUGGACCCUGCCAUGCACGCCAGGUGA